AUGUCCGAUACUAACGAUGCACCUAUAACAGUUAAAUCAUCGAUACACUCCACUUCAAAUGAUGAUGACAAUAAAUGUUUAUCAAGCGAUAGUAAACCAUAUAAUGAUUCUAUAAGUAAUUCUACUUGUAAUGAAGAUGUUCCAUGCUGUUUAAAAGAAGAAGGAUAUCAAAUGUUUCGGAAUAGUUCACAAAAAGGUGUACAUUUUUCAAAGUCCCCUCGAAAAUCUGUAGACUCUCCAACCAAAACAACAAAUGCAAACUCUAAAAAUUGUAAUUUAUCUCCGGAGAUAAUAAAUUCCUCAGUGAAAGAAGAACAUACUACAAGUUCAAACUCUUCAAUAAAUGGAGCAGGUAAAAACUGGAAAAAUGUUCGUCAUACAAUGAAAUUUGUUCUGUCAAACAAAUCUAAAAGCAAAUCGGAACAUGAUGAUUCUAGUCGUGAUUCUUUUCUAUAUCGUUUUUCAACACAAAGACGUGGAACAUAUACACGAGAACAUGAGAAUCUCAAUGAAACACCAUUACUAACUUAUCAAACAUCUUUUAAAAAUAAAAAUGAUACCAAACCACAAAAUGAUGAUUAUUCACAAAGUGGUACAUUAUAUGAAUCGUGGUUUAAUCAACAACAACCAGAGAUUGAUAAUAAACAACAUGAAAUUGAACAUUUAAUUAAAUCAUCCUUAUCACAAUGUUCAAUUGUAGAUAACUUAAUCAAUAAACCAGAAAUUGAACCAAUUGAUACUGGUCAAAAUGAUUCAUUUUCAUCUCCUGAAAAUCUAAAUCUUGAUCAUCAUAAAAUAGAAUUUGAUAUUGAAAAAUCAAUAAAUUGGAAAAAACACAUCUUAUUAUCCUUUAAAAUACCAAUGAAUUUUUUUAUAUUUCAUUCAAAUAGUUCCGGUUAUUUAAUAUGGUUAACAUUUGUAUCCUUAGCAUUAUUAUAUAAUUUAUGGGCACCAAUAGCACGUCAAGCAUUUACUGAAUUACAAAUAACUUAUCAAUUAUUAUGGUUCACUUUAGAUACAUUUGCUGAUUUAACUUAUUUAAUUGAUAUAUUUGUACAAUGUAAUACAAGUUAUUUAAAAUGUGGAUUAAAAGUACGGGAUCAUCAAAAAUUAGCUAAAUGUUAUAUGAAAUCAUAUAAAUUUCUAUUAGAUUUAUUAUCAUUAUUUCCAUUAGAUUUAAUACAAUUUAAAAUUGGGAUACAACCAAUGUUACGUUUUCCAAGAUUUUUUAAAUGGUAUCGUUGUCAUGAAUGGAAAAUACGUGUGGAAAAUAGAACUAUAUUUCCUAAUUUAUGGAGAGUAUUAAAUUUAAUUCAUAUAUUAUUCUUAGGUUGUCAUUGGUUUGCUUCAUUUUAUUAUUUAUUAUCAAAAUAUGAAGGAUUUAAAAAUCCAUGGGGUUAUCAACCAUAUAAUAAUAAUAAUAAUGAAAAUGAUACAAUAUCACGUAUAUAUUUAAAGUCAUUUUAUUGGGCUACAUUAACAUUAACAACAAUUGGAGAUCUUAGUGCACCAACAAGUAGUAUAGAUGUUCGUGAUCAUGAGAAUUCAGUGUCGAAUUUAUGGCUUACAUUCACAAUUGUAUCAUAUCUAACUGGGGUAUUUGUAUUUGCUACAAUUGUAGGUCAGGUAGGAAAUAUCAUUACAACAAGAAAUGCUGAUCGUAUUGAGUUUGAGAAAAUUUUGGACCACGCUAAAAGUUACAUGCGGGCUAAUUCAGUUGAUAAAGAUUUACAAAGUCGUAUUCUAAGAUGGUAUGAUUAUGCAUGGUCUAAAGGUUGCGGUGGUGGUGGUCAAGAUAUUAAUACAAUAGGUUUAUUACCAGAUAAAUUAAAAACGGAAUUAGCUCUUAAUGUGAAUUUGGAAACAUUGAAAAAAGUAACUAUUUUUCAUGAAUGUAGACCAGAAUUUUUACAUGAUAUUGUUUUGAAAAUGCGUCCACUAGUUUUCACACCGGGCGAUUUAAUAUGUCGUAAAGGUGAAAUAGCACGUGAAAUAUUUAUCAUUGCAGAUGGUGUACUUGAAGUUUUAAGUGAUUCCAAUGAAGUUUUAUCAAAGAUGAGUGCUGGUGAUUUUUUUGGUGAAAUCGGAGUACUGAAUGUGGAUGGAGUAAAUAAACGAACAGCUGAUGUACGUGCCGUUGGUUAUGCCGAAUUAUUUGUAUUGUCUCGAGAAGAUAUUUUAAAAGCAUUGAAAGAUCAUCCAGACGCUGAGGCAGUAAUAAGAAAACAUGCAACAAGACGCCUUUGUGAAACACGUGUACGUCAACAAGCACAUCUGCAUGGAAAAAGUGUACAUGAAAAUACUUCAGUUAAAUUAGAAGUACCAUCAUCUGGAACAAUAAGGAAUUUGUCAAUGUUAUUUAAUAAUGAAAAUGAUUCACAAAGUCAACAAACAACAAUUAAUUCUGGUAUACUUGCACAAUGGAAAUCAAGACAUAUUGGUGGAAAGAAUGAAACAAAUCAACUUGUAGAAACGAUAGAUCAGUUUGCAGACCGAUGGGAAACAAUAUUAAUGAAUAUAACUAAAAAUUACCGUGAAGAAAUUGGUGUACUACGUGAACAAAUUCUACAGUUCAGUUCAACGAAUACAAGUUAA